AUGGGUAACAGUAACAACAUCAAUGGCUAUGAUGAAACUUCAUAUAGGUGUGACAGUAGUUCUCACAUGUCGGAUUCAGUGUGGGUGGCUGAUCGAGGGUUUGUUAGAAAAAUGGCAGCGUUGAAAUUGUUUGAGAGUGACGAUGAUACAGAUGAAAUUUCUAAUUUGGAAAUUGAUCAAAAGUUUAAAGCGAGACAUGAAUAUAAUGAAAAAAGAAAAGAUUUACACAGACUAGAAGAGUUAGAGAAGAAUGAAAUGGUAGAUUCUGAUAACGAGUCUUCAGAAAGUGAAGCUGAAGAGUUUGAUGAUGAUGAUGAUGAUGAUGAUAUAAAGAAGUUAAUGGACCUUCUUGUUAAGGUUAAGAAUCAAGAUCCAAUUAUUAAACAGAAAGAUGCCAAACUCUUUGAAUCCGAAGACGAGGAGAGUGAGGAAGAGAGUGAUAAAAAGGAGACGAAAUCGAAGCCCAAGUAUUUGAAAGAUGUGAUUGCUGAGAAAUUGUUGGAAGAUGGGGGUGAGGAUGAGGAUGAUGACGAUAGUAGAGUGAGGCCACGUGGAAAGAGUUAUAAUCAGGAGCAAGAAGUGCAUAGGAAGAAAUUUCUGGAUGUUGUGAAACGGGAGUUUGAUGAUGAUGAUGAUGAGGAGGAUUUGCUUAAGGAGAAGAAGAGGGGGAAGAGGAGGAGGAUGCAGAGGACGAGGAGAUUAAGAACAAAUGUGAUGAUUAUUUUGGGAACGAUGGGGGUUUAG